AUGAAUCCCGAUCGCGACCGCCCUCCCUUCCCAAGGGACCCCCGCGACCGCGAUCCCCGCGACCUUCGCGACCCCCGUGACCCUCGAGACCCCCGCGACCCUCGAGACCUUCGCGACCCCCGCGAUCCUCGCGAUGUGCGUGAUCCUCGCGACCCAAGAAAUGACCCUCGAAAUGAUCCUCGCCCCGAUCCCCGAGACGGCCCUGGCCGCUUGGGAGCGCCCUAUGGAGCGCAUCCAUGGGACCGACGGACCGACAUUGAGCGUGAACGUGCCGAACGCGAACGUGAACGUGAAAGGAUGGAGCGCCCACCUGACCGUGACCGCGAGCGCGGACCCUUGGCCUCGCCUGGCCGGAUGGGUUACGCACCACCCAGGUCAGUGCUGUCCACUUCGCCGACUCUGAGUCGCCCUCCGACUGUUCCGCCCCCCGGCUCGGUCAAACCCGCUUCGCCCCCUACUUCGAGGCAGAACGCCCCCCUUCCCAGCUUUGCCAGCCUCAGCUCCCGACCUCUCGGCGCUCCUAGCUUCGAUGGUGGGCGCGAGCGAUCCGGUUCCAACGCUAGCUCGACGGCCGAUAAGAUCCCUACCGAUCAGAGGUCACAGUCCGCAAACAGCCAGCGUGGCGAGCCUAUGGGAGGUCUCCCCAGCAUCGGUCAAUCUUCUCCGGUGAAGAGCUCCGUCCCCAUGCCCAGCGCUGCCGGUCGUGGUCUGUUUGGUGGUCCUCCCCCGCUCGGUCAACCAGCUCGCGAACCUCAGCGGUCGCCCGUGCAUCCUACCGCCAACAGCCCUACUCAGGCGUCGCGCGAGCCUCCCAAGCCGCCUAUUGCCGGGCCCGGCUCGACCUCCACUUCCCAGUCGGCGCGUCCUCCUUACUCGUUUUCCUCCACUUAUGCUUCGGCCUACACGCAGCCGUACAGCUCGUACGGAGGCCUUGGGGGCAGCAGUGGUAGCGGCGGUAGCUUCCUUGGUGGAGGAAGCGGCUAUCCUUUCGCGUACUCGGCGCAGGAGCGCGAGAGGCGGGAGAAGGAGCGCGAACGCGAGAGGGAGCAGCGUGAUCGUGAACAGCGCGACCGCGAAGCUCGUGACCGCGAGCAGCGCGAGCGGGAGGUUCGCGAACGCGAGGCCAAGGAGCGAGAAAUGCGGGAACGUGAAGCUCGCGAGCGCGAGCGUGAACGUGAACGCAAGGAGCGGGAGCGCGAAGAGCGUGCUCGCGCGGAGAAGGAGCGAGAGCGUCGCGCUUACGGAGUGGAGUCCAAACCGUUCCAACCGCCCCGCCAGUCGUCGAGCACAUACGACAUGUACCGACCGCGCCCGCCUGCUGGACCCCCGGCCCAGGCACCUCCCGGCGGUAUGUACCAGGAGCCGAAAUUCACUCGCCACAUCGAGGUCCUCAACCGCCCGGAGCCGCAGCCGUACCCUGCUCUGGAGAAGGCUGUGCCCGCUGUCCCUCCACCUGCCGCGCAGCAGCCGCCCACGUCGCGCGCUCGGAACGAACCCAAACCGCAGCCUCAGCGUGAAUAUCAGUACACUCCCCGGGAUAAGAGACCGCGAAUGGACGCUGCCGUCGAGGAAGCCGCGCCCUCGAACCGUCGUGCCACUAAGAAGAAGGCUCGCAAGGACGAGGAGAAGAAGGAGCAGCGCGACUGGUCGCAGGUGACAAACCUGACCAAGAAGUGGCCCGAGGUCUCCAGCGCCCCGGUCGAGGCGUGGCUGAAGCGCGUCAGUGACCUCAACCGCGUCGUCGGACACGAAGUGUACGGUGGCUCCGAAUGGUCGCUCGCCCAGACGCGAAGCACCGGUCACGAUGCGGAAGGCGGCAUUGUCGUCGUCCGCGUCGGGGGUGGCUUCCUCGGCACGCGAUGGAAGGUCCGCGGCGAGCCUGGCUGGGACGACGCCAAGUCCACUGGUGGUGACGGUGCAACCGUCGGGCUAGGAUGGGCGCCUGGAGGGCAGGCACACAGCGAGCGUCGUAUCUGGGGCACGGACGUGUACUCGGAUGAUUCCGACCUUGGGCUGGUGCUCGUCCACGCUGGCUGGAUUCGAUGGGGUGGAGCCCCCACACGAUCCGACGACGACAUUGUGCAUGUCACCCUCCGUGUCGUGCCUCGUCUGGUGCGCUACACUGCGACCGAGCGCAACGGCGUUGUCACUCGGGCAUGGGGCAACGGCCAUGACGGCUCGAGCAUCGUCGUCGAGGGCGUUGAGCGAGUUAAGUCUUACAGCAGUCGUCUGCCGAAGCGCGCCGCUCGGAAAAUGCACAUGGCUGAGCUUGCGCGCCAGCGCGCUGUCGUCAUGGGCACCGCACCCACUCCCCCGUCACUGGAGAAGCAGGCGGGUGUUCUGGACGAGGACAUCAACCCCGACGAAGUCGAGAUCACUCCCUCUCUCGAAGCACCAGUGACACCAGCAGCGCCGUUCGUGUUCCUCGCCGGCCAGGCCGGAUUCGCAUACACGCCGCUCGCGCUCACAGCCUACAUCGACCAGCCCGGCGAUGACGACAAGAACGUGCGCAGCCUGUGGACGCACGACCUCGAGUUCGGCACGGCCGAGGACGCGUACCGCCUCCACCUGAGCCUGAACGACUAUGGCGCGCAGCGACUCAAGAUCUCGACCUACUCGCCGAUCAAGCAGGGCAAGCCCGAGCUGAUUGUCGACUCGCUCGACCCCCGUCUCGCGCACUGGGUCGAGAACGGGCUCGCCAUCCAGCUCGCCGAGGGUACGGGCGUCUUAUGCGGCGCUGAGAUUUACCGCUGGAUUGCGCGCGAGGGCGGCAAGCUCUCGGUCGACGGCGACGAGACGCCUGCCGAGAAGGAGGUUCACGAUGAGGCGAUGGAUGUCGAGCCCGCUGUCCCCGCGAAAUCGGCUGCCAAGUCACCGGCCAAGUCGCCCGCAAAGGUUCUCGAUGAGCCCGAGCAGAACGGCGACAAGCCCGCGAACGCCGAGCCCAAGGCCAAGUCGCCCUCCAAGUCGCCCGCGAAGGAGCUCGAGCCCAUCGCGGCCGAGAAACCGGCUGAGAGCGAGGCGAAGAGCCCGGCAAAGUCGGCGGGGCCGGCCGAAAAGUCUCCGUCUCCCACGGCGCCCGAGGGCGAUGUCUCGAUGGCUGAGCCGGAGCCCGAGCCAGAGAAGGAAGAGCUCGCCAAGGCUGCCGAGCCCGAGCCCGAGGCGAAUGAGGAGAAGUCCGCUUCGCCCGCGAAGGAGCCUGAGCCUGAACGCAAGGAGGCGUCGCCGGCCAAAGCUCCCGAGGCCACGGAGCCCGCCGCCGAGACUGAGCCCGAGAAGCCCAAAUCGCCCAAAAAGACGACCGAGGAGCCCGAGGAGGGCGAGGUGAAGGAGGACGAGGCCCCCAAAGCGGCUGCUCCUGUUGAGAAGGAGAAGUCCAAGUCCAAGUCCAAGUCUCCCGAGAAGCCCGCCGAGGCCGAAGACGGCGAGGUCAAUGAGCCGUCUCCCAAGCCUGCCGCUGAGCCCGAGGCGCCCAAGCCUGCCUCUCCUAAGCCGACCGAGCCCGAGGAGAAGGCGAAGGAGCCCUCGCCCAAGGCGCCCACACCUGAACCGAAGGCCGACAAGCCCGAGCCCUCCGAGUCUGAGGUCAAGGACAAGUCCGAGUCCAAGGACAAGUCCGAGUCCAGGGACAAGCCUGAGUCCAAGGACGACAGGGCGCCUUCCAAGCCCUCCUCGGCCGAUAAGCGCGACGACCGGGACGACCGGGACGACCGGGACGACCGCGACCGUCGCGACCGUGAAGAGCGCGAGCGCCGUGAGGACAGGGAACGCCGCGAGGACCGCGACAGGGAGAAGCGGGAGAACCGCCCAUCCCCGCCCAAACAGGAGCCCAAGGCAGAGCCCAAGCCGGAGCCCACUAAGCCGGAAGAGGACGAGCGCGAAGAAGGCGAGAUCUCCGAAUCGUUGCCGGAACCGAGCGAGCCGGACGCACACCGAGAGGAUGGCGAGCUCAUGGACAUCGACCGGUAG